AUGAGUCUUGAUAUCAGAACUCAUACUGGUCAUAUUGGAAUUACUGAAUUACGAAGUGGGAAAGUUGACCCAGAGAAAAUCAAGUCAGCAAUGACAGAAGUUGCUGGAACUUUAACUAUUGAAUCUAAUUUAGUUAAACAAGUGUCUUCAAUAAUUGAAAGCGAGGGACAGGAUUCCUCAAGCAUUUCUUCUAAUUCACAAACACUUCAAAUCAAGAGAAAACCAACAAUAUCAUCAACCGAAUCUCAAAAAAUACCAACAACACUACAACCAAUAUCAGAUCCGAUGGCCGAAAUCGUAGAAGCUUUAAAGAUGCCCGCGGACGGAAAAUUUUGA